UGGGCCGGGCCGCUGGGCUGCGGCGGCGGCGGCGGCGGCAGCAUCGGUGGCGCGAGCGACCAUGGAGGCGGGCACCGGGGCGGCCGCAGGAGCCGCGGGCUGGAGCUGCCCGGGCUCAGCCCCCACAGUGACCACUGUCGUCUCCUAUGAGGCCUCUGAAGGCUGUGAGAGGAAGAAAGGCCAGCGAUGGGGGGCUCUGGAGCGGCGAGGGAUGCAGGCCAUGGAAGGGGAAGUACUGCUUCCAGCCCUGUAUGAGGAGGAAGAAGAGGAGGAGGAAGAAGAAGAAGAAGAGGUGGAAGAGGAGGAUGAUUCUGUGCAGAAAGGCAGCCGAAUGGGCUCCCUGUCAGUCAGCAAGCACCGGGGCCUGAGCCUUACUGAGACAGAGCUGGAGGAGCUGAGGGCACAGGUACUGCAGCUGGUGGCUGAGCUGGAGGAGACCCGGGAGCUGGCGGGGCAGCAUGAGGAUGAUUCCCUGGAGCUGCAGGGCCUCUUGGAGGAUGAACGGCUGGCCAGUGCACAGCAGGCGGAAGUGUUCACCAAGCAGAUCCAGCAGCUCCAAGGUGAACUUCGAACUCUACGGGAGGAGAUUUCCUUGUUAGAGCGUGAGAAACAAGUUGAAUUGAAGGCCAUAGAACGGGAGUUGCACCUGGCCCAGGCUGAGAUUCAAACUCUGCGGCAAGCAGCAGAGGAUUCAGCAACUGAACAUGAAAGUGACAUCGCAUCCCUGCAGGAGGAUCUCUGCCGGAUACAGUCAGAGCUGGAUGACAUGUACCGCAUCCGGGGGGAGUACGAGCUGGAGAUCGCCUCCCUCCGUGCAGAAAUGGAAAUGAAGAGCAGCUCAGGGGGUGGAUCUGGAUCCAACGAUUUGAGUAUCUCAGAUUUUUCUGAGAUGCAAGAAGAACUGCAGCAGCUGCGGCAACGCUACCACUUCCUGAGUGAGGAGUUCCAGGCCCUGCAGCAGAGCAACAGUAGCCUCACUGGGCAGCUGGCUGACCUUGAGAGCGAGAGGACACGAAGAGCAACCGAACGGUGGCUGGAGUCCCAGAUACUGCGGAACACUGCGUCGGCUGAGUCUCAGACUUUAGAAGUGGAUUUUCUAGAGCCCCAUCCUGAGACCCAUUCGUUGCGACAACAGUUGGCGGGAGCAGAAGAGCAGAUUAACCACAUGCAGAACAAGUGUAAGGACCUGUGCUCCGAGUUGCAACAGCUUCAGCAUCAUCACCGGUGCAGCGAGGAGGAGCAGAAACGUCUGCAGCGGGAGCUCAAGCUUGCCCAGAAUGAGGUGCUCCACUUCCAGACAUGCCGCGACACCAACCAGAAUGAGGAGCUGCGCAACAGAUUGUGUUCCCUGCAGCAACAAUAUGACCUGAGCAAGAGUGAACACAAUGAGCUCCUGAAGGCACAGAUGCAGCUUCAGGCUGAGGUCCGGCAGCUCAGAGCCACGAAAAGCUCCUGUGCUGAUGCGCAGAUUGAGAAGGAUUUACAGUGCCGGAUCCAGCGGCUGCAAACCCAGUAUCAGAAUGUCUUAUGUGAGAAGGAAAAGCUGACGGAAGUCCAGCAUAAAAUGCGGGCUGACCUGUGUUACCACGAGGCCGAAGUGCAGCGGCUCAGGGACAUGGUGACCUGUCUCCAAAACAAAUCUGACAAGGUAAAGGCAGUGUCAGGGAGGGAGUGCAGCGAGAUGGAGUCUCCUGUGAGUUGUGGUGCUGAAGAGUACGUAGAGGUGCAGGCUCAGCUGCAGGAUGUGAGGAAGCUGUACCACUGCACCAAGGACGAACUGGAGAGGCAGAAGCAUAUGUAUGAUAUGCUCGACCAGGACUUCCUGCUUUGCCGGCAGGAGCUGACACAGCUCAGGAAUGCCCAGCCUAUUCUGGAGGAAAGGUGUUCUACUAAGUGUGACACCGUGCUGGGCAGGCUGACAGAGUUGCAGGAAAAGUACAAGGCCAGCCAGAAGGAGAUGGGCCAGCUGCAGAUGGAGCAGUGUGAGCUCCUAGAAGACCAGCGGAGGAUGCAGGAGGAACAAGGCCAGCUACAAGAAGAGCUGCACAGGCUCACAAUACCAACGCCCAAAAGCGGGUUCUUUGAUAAGAGUCAGCAGCUACUUACAAAGUUACAAGAUCUGGGGGAACUCCAGCUGCUCUACCAAGGCAUGCAGGAAGAACAGAAGAAACUGAUGCAUAAUCAAGAAACUUUAUUAAAAGAGCAAUCAGUGCUGCAGGAAGAGCUGCACCUUCAUAAAGACAGUCAUUUCCGGGACGUGCUGGAGCAUCCUGAUGAUGUCAAAUCAUCCAAGUCCACCAAAUAUGGUCAGAACAAGAGCAAGAUGAUCAUGAUCCAGAUACAGAGUCUGCAGGGGCUGUAUGAGCAAUGUCACAAUGAGCAGCUGAAGCUGCAGAAAGAGCAGAGCCAGCUUCUUGAGGAGCGGAAGAGACUGCAGGCUGACCUGCAGCUCUGCCUGGAAGAAAUACAGCAACUCCAAAUGCAGUCCCCGAGGAAAACCUCUUUGAGCAAGGAGUCAGCCUCUGAGGAUUCUCAGAAGAGCACUGUGGGCUCUGAUAGCUACCAGCGGAGCUACGGGAGUGACACAGCUAGUGAGGAGAACUUUCUUAAGAGCUACAACAGCACCUCGAGUGCCAUGGAGGCUGGGGAGAAGGGGGUCCGCCCUGUGGCCUUACAGCGGAGCUGUGAGAGUGUCCACGGCUCGGAGACUUCGCACAAGAGUUACACCAGCAGCAACUCUGAGGUGGAAGCUGCAGAGCCUGAAGUAACUGAGCACUUUGAGGAGGUGGUGGCCAAGGUGCUGAUCAAGCUGCAAGGGGUGCAGGCCAUGUACGAGCUGAGUCAGGAGGAACACACACGGCUGCAGGAGCGGAUGGCGGAGCACCUGCGCCAGCAGAAGUUGCUGAAGGACGAGCUGGACGCCUGUGAGAAAGAGUUCAAAGAGUGCAUGGAGUGUUUGGAGAAGCCCGCCCACAGUGACAAGAAUGAGAUCAAGGAGUUGCAGACCAAGCUGCGGGAGCUGCAGCUGCAGUACCAGGCCAGCAUGGAUGAGCAGGGGCGCCUCCUGGCAGUGCAGGAGCAGCUGGAGGGGCAGCUGCAGUGCUGCCAGGAGGAGCUGUGCCAGCUCAGAGAGGAGCGCUCUUCUCUGUCCAAGGAGAGGAACUGCAAUGAGAACAUGAACAAGAAUGCCAACGGGGAGAAAGAGGAAAAGGAAAAGGAUGUGGGCAAAGCAGAAGAGGGUUGUGAGACUGAAAAGAAUCUGGAGGUGGUGCUGUACUACAAGGCUCCCCACAUGGAUGACAAGACAGAGGAGGAAUACACUCAGAAGGAGAAGUACUGCACUUCCUUCGUGUCAGACAUGGAACCUGAGCCCUCGGAGUGUGCUACAGCUGAGGAAAACAAAGACCCUUGCAAUGACAAAGCACCCAUCCCAAGGAGCAAGGACCUGGCAAAGACCUCCAAAAAUAACAGCCAGGCCCCUGCAGAGGGAAACUCUCUCAAGAUAUGUGAGAGCAGAAAGCCCUCCCCUGCCCCCAGUCCCCCCUUCUUCUCUUUGCCUCUUGUAGGCCUCGUGGUCAUCUCGGCUUUGCUCUGGUGCUGGUGGGCGGAGACAUCGUCCUAACGCAGAACAUGUUUGGGUUGUGGAAGCCUAUGGUGUUCUUGGCUAUUGCAGCUGUGGCUCUAUAUGUUUUACCCAACAUGCGACAACAAGAGACAGAUUUCUGCCUUCAUUGAAGGCUGACCUGGUCAGCUGAGGGACCACCUCCCCUGGGGCUGCGACCCUUGGCUUUGGACAGCGCACACUGCCAAAGCCCCCACCCCACCCACGUGUUCUUGUGUGUGUCCUCAGCACCUGAGCCUGGAACUCCAGGCUGAAAGGCUUAUGGGAAGCGAGCGGCUCCCAUUGCCUGCCUUGCAUUAAGAAACUGAGUUCCUUGUAAUUAAAUAUCAACCAAACUCA